GGGGCUGCUGGGGGGGGCUGCCGGGGUGGGGAUUCUCCACCGGGAAAAGGAAAGAGCCCCCCAGGUCCCGUCUCCGCCCCCGUGAAAGAAGCAGUUCCAGACCCCCUAAGCAGUUCUGCUCUACCUUUUCUGCCACGAGGUGACCAGACCUGCAGGUAGUAUUCCCGGUGUGGGCAUCCCACAGGCUGACAUGGUGGCAUCAAGCCCGCAGCUGUCCGGAGCAGGAGACGACCCCCCCGCCCCGCCCUGGGCCGGGAUAUGAGGAAGGAGGCGCCGCCCGGCCCGACAGAGCAGCAUGGGGCUCGCCCCCCUCCUCGCCCUCUGCAUCUGGAGCCGGGCCCUGGGUAACGACAUUCUGGGGCUAAAGCUACCGAGCGACCCUGUCCUCACCCCCAACACGGUGUGCUUCACCCUGCCGGGGCUCAGCAAGCGCCAGAUGGGGCUGUGCGUGCGCAGCCCCGACGUGACCGCCUCGGCCCUGCAGGGCAUCCAGGUCGCCAUCCAGGAGUGUCAGCACCAGCUGCGGGACCAGCGCUGGAACUGCUCCAGCCUGGAGCGGGCGGGCCAGGUGCUGCAGGACAGCGCCAUCCUCAAGAGAGGCUUCCGGGAAAGCGCCUUCGCCUUCUCCUUGCUGGCGGCCGGCGUGAUGCACUCGGUGGCCACGGCCUGUAGCCUGGGCAAGCUGCAGGGCUGCGGCUGCGCCUGGGGGGAGCGCGGCGGCCCGGAGAAGCGGCGGCUGAAGCUGAGCCAGCUGCAGGCGCUGUCCCGGGGCAAGGGCCUCCCCCCUCAGCUGGCCUCGCUCCUGGGCGAGCCCAGCCCGCAGGACACCUGGCAGUGGGGCGGCUGCGGGCCCGACAUCGGCUUCGGGGAGCGCUUCUCCCGGGACUUCCUGGACCCUCGGGAGGCUCCACGCGACAUCCAGGCCCGGAUGAGGGUCCACAACAACUGGGUGGGCAGACAGGUGGUGGCGGAGAACAUGAAGCGCAAGUGCAAGUGCCACGGCCCGUCGGGCAGCUGCCAGUUCCGCACCUGCUGGCCGGUGGCGCCCGAGUUCCGGCUGGUGGGCGCGGUGCUGCGGGAGCGGCUGCAGCGGGCCGCCUUCAUCAGCGCCCGCAACCGCAACAGCGGCGUGUUCGGGCCGCGCCGGGGCCCGGGCCCGGCCCCCGGCCCCGGCCCCGGCCCGCGCCGCCUGGCCCGCGAGCUGGUCUACUUCGAGCCGUCGCCCGACUUCUGCGAGCGCGACCCGGCGCUGGACUCGCCCGGCACCCACGGCCGCGCCUGCAACCGCACCAGCCCCCGCACGGACGGGUGCGCCAGUCUGUGCUGCGGGCGGGGCCACAACCUCCUGCGCCAGACCCGCGGCGAGCGCUGCCGCUGCCGCUUCCACUGGUGCUGCUCCGUGCGCUGCGAGGAGUGCCGGCUCGGCGCCUGGCUCAGCGUCUGCAAGUGAGGGGGGCUGCGCUCCCCCCCCGGGACUGCCCCGCUCCCCCCCGCCGGGGCUGCCCCGCUCCGCCCCCGCCGGGGCUGCCCCGCUCCCUCCGCUACUCCGGCCUCCCGGCCCUGGGGGACUGGGUGCGACACAUGGGGGGCCCUGCCGGUGUUGCGGGUCAGGGCCCACCCGGAGCGUGUGCAGCGGCUGCGGGCCGAAGAGAGGGGCAGCGCCCCAGUUCCGCGGUCGGAGAGAUGCGGCGGGGGGUGGAAAGCCUUAACCCCUAGUGCUUUGUG